GAGUCGAUGCUCGCCACGUGUAUCGGUUCCGGCAGGUGCCAUCGGCACAGGUGCUGCGGCAGUACUACAGGGACGCGGCGCUGAUGCUCGGCAACAUCGCGCCGCCGCCGGCUUUGCAGCAGAGGCAGAGGCCAGCCCCAGGUGCGGAGUUGGCGGCGGCUCCCCGAGCCGUCCCCGCGGGAGCGGCGGCGGCGGCAGCGCCGCCAGGCCGCCUCUGGGUGUACGCCGAGGAUUGCGAGGGCCAUCGGCGAGGCGAUGCAGUCGGGGCGCUGCCAGCCGACGCGGUGACGAUGGGAGACCACGGGCUCGUGCAGCUCCAGGAGGGGACCGCCUUCAUACAGAUGGUCGAGCGGCGCAAUCUGGAGCAGUAUGUCAUGGAGGACCUCCGCGUGCUGCCAGUGAAGUUCGACGGCACUGGUCAACGUCGCCGCCCCUUCGCCGAGUCCGUCCAGAAGAUGGCGGGAGAGGAGCCGGAGGGGGGGCUCGAUUUGACCGGGCCGAGGAUGUGCUUCAACCGUUUGCAGCAGCUCGCCGUGUCCAGCCAGACGCCGAUCACGCAGAGCGAGCACUGGCGGCACGCGGCUCGGAUUCCGGACGGGGACCGCAGCCCGUACGAGCACGAGGCGCUCUCCCACAUCAUGGAGGCGAUGUGCACGGUCGACCAGUUGAACGCGCCGGCGUUGAAGUCGGCGGAGCUGAUCAGCCGGCGUCUCCAGCUGAUCGAGGACGCGCACGCCUCUGGCGGCAUCGCUGAUUACAGCGCGGCGGACCACUACAUGGGCUGGUCGACCAGGCGGUCCGGGGCCGUUCCGGACCCAGGUCUGCGGAGCCACGUGGCCGAGCAGAUUCGCGGGGAGGCAGCCGUGGCCAAGGAGAUGAGGAAGGCCAAGGAGGAGCAGCGCCUGCGCAAGCAGAACCCAAACAGGCGCUGCAUCAGAAUUCAUUCCCGAGUCAUGUGGGGGCUCGUCACGAUGGGCGACGACAUCGGCCUCGGGAACUUUUUCCCCUUCCACCUGUGCCAGCGGAGCCAGCUAUCCGCCCGGGCACGCCUGGUUACCUUCGUCGGCGACUACUGCGACGUGCGGGAGUCCAGGGUGGGGCAGCUGCCAUACAACGAAUCCUUGUACACCAGGCACGGGGCCUUCAAUGAGCUCAUGCCCACUGUGAUCGACUACGCGGGAGUCGAUCAAGCCACUGCCGUCAGACCUUACCAACGCUCUCUGGUAUCCAUACGCGUAGCUGGUGCGUCCCCAGUGCCGCUCAGUGCCGCGUGCGGGAGGCCGGAGAGGACUUCGUUGGAGCGGUCGGAUGAAUUCAUGCUGUCAGACCCAGAUGACGUUGGAUGGCAGAUGGAGUCAGGUACGCCUCAACAGCUCUACAUGGACGAGGUGCUGCGCAAAGAUCGGUCAGCUUACGUUGGCUUCAUCGCAGACGUCCUGGGCGCUGAGCUGGUGGACUUCUCUGUCACCCCAAAGGAGAUAUGCACACCGUUCUUCGUCGAGAAGAAGAACAAGAAUCUUCGGCUCAUCCUGGAUUGCAGGUGGUCGAACUUGCACUUCCGCCCAGCGCCCAGCCUCGAUAUGGGGACGGGCGCGGCCUGGGCCCGCGUCGAGCGGCCCGCUGGCGACCAUGACCUAUACUUCGCCGGGGCCGACGUCGAGGAUUAUUUCCACAGCCUCGAGAACUCCGCCGAGCUCAAGGAUUACUUCUGCUACCCCUCCCUGACCUUGGAGGAGUUUGAGAGGGGCUUCGUAGAUUGGCCUGGGGCCGAGGAGCUGCUGUCAAUGGCGCGCCGCUCCGGCCUUCGGGAAGUGUGGCCGAGGGCUGUCACCGUCCCAAUGGGAUGGUCCUGGGCGUUCUUCCUGGGGCAGAAGGCUGUGGAGAACCAGAUUUCAGUGGCCGUCCAGGGGCGGCCCCACGGGCAGCUCCGCGACGCCGGGCCACUCCCUGACAUCCUGGGCGGGGUGGGCGUUUUGCCGUACUGCGACAACCUCAACGUGUACGGCGUGAGUCGCGAGGAGGUGCAGCAGGCCAAGAAUUUGGUAGUGGGCCAGCUUCGCCGCGUCGGCUUCAGGGUUCGCGAGGAGACCGACGCUUCGACCGACCGCGAGAGCCUGGGCCGGAAGCUGGACGGCGCCCGCUGGCUGGUCAUGAACAAGCCGGAGCGGGCGGCUCGCCUGCAGCGGGCGUGCCGGCAUUUAGAAGGCUGCCGUCGAGUGACUGGUCACAUGGUCAGGCGGUGGCUCGGCCAUGUCGUGGAUCACUUCCUCAUCAUGCGGGAAGGUUUGUCGUGCCUCAGGAGCUGCUGCGACUUCGUGGAGAAGGUCGGCGGGCAGUGGGCCGAGCCUUGGGCCUCUGUCAGGAAGGAGGCGAGGUGGGUGAGGGUGCUCACUUACCUCUGCGCGGCCGAGCUGUCCCGCGAAUGGCACCCUGAGGUCCUUUGCACUGACGCCUGCGAGAGCGGGAUUGGCGUUGCUAGUCGCGUGAUUCCAGUGCAGGAGGUCGCGAAGAUCGGUUGCAUAUCAGAGCGUUGGGACCUCGAUACCGUGAUCCCCAUGGGCCCCGGGGGCGAGUUGGAGAUGCUCGAGGGAAACAAUAACUUCCAAGAGGGCGCCGCGAGGGCCCCGCCUGGCGCCGGCCGCCGAAGCCGCCCGGCCUUGGCGCUGACGCAGCGCAGCCAGGGGGCGGGCCCCGCGGUCCACAGGGGCCUCCGCAGGGCGCAGCCGCCAGCGCGGCCGGCCAGCCAGGUGGCCACGAGGCGGGCUACCACGCUGCCCCGCGGAACGGCCCGCCCCCUGGUCUCGGGGGAGACCCGGGAGGAGCGACGCGAGAAGCGGGCGCGGGUAUUGCCCCCGUUCCAACCGAGAGAGACCAGCGACCAGCUUUCCAUGUUGGAGUCGCACGCUGUCACGGAGCGGACGCUGGCGCUCUACGAGAGCUGGUGGAAGGAUCUCCAGGAUUUCGUGCAGUCGAUGGGGGCGUACACGCUGGACACCGUGCAGAAUGCAGACUCUGCCAUGGUGGACUUCGCGGACUUCUUGUUCAUGGAGGGGUUCGAGGUCGCGGACAUCUGGAAGGCGUACGCGGCGGUCGUGUGGCACCUUGUCGACCUCUCGCCAUGGGGCCGGCUCCGGCUCCCAAGGUUCGCGCGGGCCAUGAGGGGGCGCGCCAUCUCGACCCCGGCCUUGGGCAGCAGGAUCGCGUGCCUCGCCUGGAUCACGAUGUUCACCGCCUACCUCCGGCCAGCAGACCUUCAUGCGCUGCGGGGCGAGGAUCUGGCGGCCCCUGCGGGGUCCAGCCAGUGGUGGGCCCUCAACCUGCACCCGGCUGGGCGCGGCGACGAGUCGAAGGUCGGCCUGAGCGACGAGAGCUUGCUGUUGGACGCGCCGUACCUCCCAGGCCUCGGCGCAGCGUUGGCCGCGCUGGCGAAGGACCGCGAGGGCGAGAAGCUUUUCGACAUCUCGCCGGCGGAGCUGCUGAGGCUGUGGAACCUCGCCCUCGGCGGCAUCGGGCUCCCCGCCAGGCAGAGGUACGUGCAGUACCAGCUGCGCCACGGCGGACCCAGCCAUGACCGCCUGACGAAGACCCGAAGCGCGAAGGAGGUGUGGCGGAGGGGUCGCUGGGCGAGCGCCAAGUCUGUCAAGAGAUACGAGGCCAGCGCCCGGGUGCAACAGGAGAUGCAGAGGCUUCCAGCCGCCGUGCGCGCCUACGUCGGGCGGGCGGCUACUGCUUUGCCAGCGUUG